AUGUCCUCUCGAGAAGUCCGGAAACCCGGCAAGGCGGGCUCAUGGUACCUGGCUGACGCGAAGCGACUGGCUGAACAACUCGAAGGCUUCCUGGACGAUGUGCCGAGCCAAAUCAACUCGUCCGACGUCCCGAUCCCUGGCGCCCGCGUAAUUAUUGCCCCGCAUGCAGGAUACAGCUACUCGGGCCCGACGGCAGCCUGGGCGUACAAGAGUCUCGACCUCAGCCAGACGAGGCGCGUCUUCCUCCUCGGCCCAUCCCAUACCUUUUACCUCAAGGGCUGCGCCGUCACGACCUUCAAGCACUACGGCACGCCGUUCGGCAACAUCAGGGUCGACGAGGAGGUCGUCAGCACGCUCCGGGCCGAGCUGUCCAUCCCCGACAUGCCGCUGUCCAACGACAACAAGGAGCACUCGCUCGAGAUGCACCUGCCCUACCUGUGGACCAUGUUCACCAAGGCUUUCGACUCGCCCGACGAGUUCCCGACGCUGGUGCCCAUCCUCGUCGGCGACGGCACCAAGACGGCGGAGCGCGCGGUGGGCGCCUGGCUGCUGCCGUACCUGCGGGACCCGACGAACGCCUUUGUCGUGAGCUCGGACUUUUGCCACUGGGGCGACAACUUCAGCUACACGCCGUACAGCCCGGACGCCCAGGUCGACGACACCUUACAACACAUUUCGUCGCGGUCGCGCGUGCCUGCGGGCCGGCCGAUUCACGAGACGAUCAAGGAGCUCGAUGACCAGGCGAUCGCGGCCAUCAAGACGGGUGAGUAUGCUCAAUUUUACGACAACUUGUCUUUGACCAAAAACACGGUUUGCGGACGGCAUCCGAUCGGCGUCAUGAUGGCGGCACUCGAGCUGCUGGCCGAGGAGGAGGGACGUGGUGGGGAGGACAAGGGGAGGUUCCAGUUUGUUCGGUACGAGAGGAGUAAUUUGGUGGAGGAUGCGGACGACAUGAGCGUGAGUUAUGUGUCGGCGUAUGCGGUGGUAUAG